AUGUCACAAGAUUCGCAUUCUUCUGGUGCCGCUACACCAGUCAAUGGUUCCAUCCUUGAAAAGGAAAAAGAAGACUCUCCAGUUCUUCAAGUUGAUGCCCCACAAAAGGGUUUCAAGGACUACAUUGUCAUUUCUAUCUUCUGUUUUAUGGUUGCCUUCGGUGGUUUCGUCUUCGGUUUCGACACUGGUACCAUUUCCGGUUUCGUGAACAUGUCUGACUUUAAAGACAGAUUCGGUCAACACCACGCUGAUGGUACUCCUUACUUGUCCGACGUUAGAGUUGGUUUGAUGAUUUCUAUUUUCAACGUUGGUUGCGCUGUCGGUGGUAUUUUCCUCUGUAAGGUCGCUGAUGUCUGGGGUAGAAGAAUUGGUCUUAUGUUCUCCAUGGCUGUCUACGUUGUUGGUAUUAUUAUUCAGAUCUCUUCUUCCACCAAGUGGUACCAGUUCUUCAUUGGUCGUCUUAUUGCUGGUUUGGCUGUUGGUACCGUUUCUGUCGUUUCCCCACUUUUCAUCUCUGAGGUUUCUCCAAAGCAAAUUAGAGGUACUUUAGUGUGCUGCUUCCAGUUGUGUAUCACCUUGGGUAUCUUCUUGGGUUACUGUACUACUUACGGUACUAAGACCUACACUGACUCUAGACAGUGGAGAAUUCCUUUGGGUUUGUGUUUCGCUUGGGCUAUCUUGUUGGUUGUCGGUAUGUUGAACAUGCCAGAGUCUCCAAGAUACUUGGUUGAGAAGCACAGAAUUGAUGAGGCCAAGAGAUCCAUUGCCAGAUCCAACAAGAUCCCUGAGGAGGACCCAUUCGUCUACACUGAGGUUCAGCUUAUUCAGGCUGGUAUUGAGAGAGAAGCUUUGGCUGGUCAGGCAUCUUGGAAGGAGUUGAUCACUGGUAAGCCAAAGAUCUUCAGAAGAGUUAUCAUGGGUAUUAUGCUUCAGUCCUUGCAACAGUUGACCGGUGACAACUACUUCUUCUACUACGGUACUACCAUUUUCCAGGCUGUCGGUUUGAAGGAUUCUUUCCAGACUUCUAUCAUUUUGGGUAUUGUCAACUUUGCUUCCACCUUUGUUGGUAUCUAUGUCAUUGAGAGAUUGGGUAGAAGAUUGUGUCUUUUGACCGGUUCCGCUGCUAUGUUCGUUUGUUUCAUCAUCUACUCUUUGAUUGGUACUCAGCACUUGUACAAGCAAGGUUACUCCAACGAGACCUCCAACACUUACAAGGCUUCUGGUAACGCUAUGAUCUUCAUCACCUGUCUUUACAUUUUCUUCUUUGCUUCUACCUGGGCUGGUGGUGUUUACUGUAUCAUUUCCGAGUCCUACCCAUUGAGAAUUAGAUCCAAGGCCAUGUCUAUUGCUACCGCUGCUAACUGGUUGUGGGGUUUCUUGAUUUCCUUCUUCACUCCAUUCAUCACCAGUGCCAUCCACUUCUACUACGGUUUCGUUUUCACUGGUUGUUUGGCUUUCUCUUUCUUCUACGUCUACUUCUUCGUCUACGAAACCAAGGGUCUUUCUUUGGAGGAGGUUGAUGAGAUGUACGCUUCCGGUGUUCUUCCACUCAAGUCUGCCAACUGGGUUCCACCAAAUCUUGAGCACAUGGCUCACUCUGCCGGUUACGCUGGUGCUGACAAGGCCACCGACGAACAGGUUUAA